AUGUCCGGCCCUUGUUAUGAGAAGCUUCAAUCUGUAAAAAACUCUCUUUUAAAACCGUUCUUUCAGGCCGAAAUCGUCUUCCUGGAAAAUUCAAAUAUGACAUCCGGCCAAUUGGCGCGGGUCUCCCGCAACUUUGCGGCCGGAUUACCAUUUGCGAAGAAGUUGCGGGAGGAUACGAUCUUCAUCACGUCGGAUGUGGAUUUAUUUAUUUUUAAUAAAGCAGCCGUUCUUCCGGAUGAAAGUAAGCGAUAAAUACAGUCAUUUUUAUCGCGCAAAAAAUGAUAUUUUUGAUCGUAGAGAGGUUUGACGAGAUGAGUGUCCUAUUUGCAGACGAGACAAUCCAUUUCUACAAUAACCACACAACUCGGCUCAAAUUCAGAGAUCUCACGUUUACCAUGUUCAAUAUGGGCACAAUUGCGGCGAAUUUAAGCGUCUGGCGGGAUAUCAUGGGUAAGAAAAUUAGCGCAGAUUCUUGUAUCGUAAAUCAUAUAUACAAAAAAUAUCUAAAAAAAUUUUUUUUUCAGACAUCAAAAACUCCGAUGUAGUUAAUGGUGAGUACAUUGAAAAAGCGAUUCAAAAAGUGUAUGGAGAUGAGUUCGCGAUUAAAAACAAACAUAAAAUGUUCAACUGGUAUCUGGAUCAGCACUUCUUCAGCCUAAAGUUUCAUAAAUACCUGGAGAAGAAUGCGGGGUGAGCUCAAAAAAAAAAAAAAAAAUCUAAUUUUUUAUCAAAUUUCAAAAAAUUUUGUCGUAUAAAAUGUCCCUGAGCACUUUCAAUUCAUUCACAAAGAAUCACACAUUCAAUUUUCAGUCGAAUUCACUACAAAUUCUACGGCCGACCCCGCCGACUGGACCGAGGAAAUUGGAAAUAUUCCCCGGAUUUCUUGAUCAGAUUGAACACCCUAGAGUAUGAUGAUGCGCAUCUGGAUCCGGCGAUCUUUGACAAAGCCAACUGGGGCCGAAUCUGGUCGCUUUACAAGCGGAUCUUUGGAUCGGGCCAAAUUGUGGCGCUAAAUGAAUUUCGGAAUGAAGUCAUCGAGCAUGUCAAUGAGGAGGAUGUGAAAGAUGUUCAUCCUUGA